GGCACAUUGCAGGGGCGUGACAGAGUGCGGCAUGAUCCUGCAGUAGUAUAUGGCAAGGAUUUACUUUCGUUUUCUGGUGGGCGGGGUAUGUCACGUAGCGUAUUGGAACUCGCGCGCAAUUCGACGGGCAAUGGUCACGUUUCCGGAAGAAGUUGUGAUGUGACUAGAGCUUGCUCAGCUUCUAAAUAAUAAACUAGAAGAAAGACAAAAUCUAGAACCAUGUCUAAAAUAGAGAAGAUGAGCAUCCAAGGGGUGAGGAGCUUUGGAAUAGAAGAUAAAAACAAACAAGUCAUUCAAUUCUUCACACCAUUGACAGUUUUAGUAGGACCCAAUGGAGCAGGGAAAACUACUAUAAUUGAGUGUCUCAAGUAUAUCACAACAGGCGACUUCCCACCAGGAUCCAAAGGAAAGACAUUUGUACAUGAUCCUAAGGUCGCUCACGAGACAGAUGUCCGUGCACAGAUUCGUUUACAACUAAAAGAUGUUAAUGGAGAGCUUGUGGCUGUCCAGCGUUCCAUGAUCUGCACCCAGAAAGGAAAGUCAACAGAAUUCAAAACACUAGAGGGCGUUAUUACCAGAAUUAAGCAUGGGGAGAAAGUCAGCCUAAGUACAAAAUGUGCAGAAAUGGACAAAGAAAUGAUCAGUGCAUUAGGAGUUUCUGCAGCAGUCCUGAAUAAUGUAAUAUUCUGUCACCAGGAGGAUUCCAACUGGCCUCUGAGCGAGGGAAGGCAGUUGAAAGUAAAGUUUGAUGAAAUAUUUUCAGCAACAAGGUAUAUUAAAGCUUUGGAAACUUUAAAGAAAGUUCGCACACAACAAGCUCAUAAUGUGAGAGAAUAUCAGGUAGAAAUCAAGUAUCUGAAACAGAACAAGGAAAAGGCAAGGGAAAUUCAAGAUAAUCUUCAGAGCAAAGAGAAACAGCUAGCCGUUUCCAAAGAAAAUGUCAAAUCUAUUGAAAGUCAACUCGAGCCACUUAAGGAUCGCCUGGCAGACAUACAGAGAAAUCUUUCUAAAGUGAUGAGACUUGACAAUGAGAUAAAAGCUUUAGAGAGCCGUAAGCGAACUAUGGAACAGGAUAACCAAGAUUUAGAGGAGAAAAUGGAGAAGGUCUUCCAAGGCACAGAUGAAGAACUCAAUGGAAUGUAUCAAAAUCAUCAGCGCUCUGUAAGGGAAAAAGAAAGAAAGCUAAAUGAUCAGCAGCGUGAAAUGGACAGAGCUUGCAAAGAGUCCCAAAGGCUUAAUAGGGAAAAGGGAGAACUGCUUGUUCAACAAGGACGUCUGCAGCUGGAGGCAGAUCAUCACCAACAAUACAUCAAGACGAGAGACUCUCUGAUCAAGUCCUUGGCGGCACAGUUAGAACUUGAUGGUUUUGAGCGAACUCCGUUUAACCAGAGACAAACAAGCAACUUUCAGAUGUUGGUGAAAGAAAGGCAAGAGAAGGAUGAAGCCCAUGCAAAUCAGAUCUUGAGAGAGUUUUCAGAGAGAGAGGCUAUGAAGCAGAGGCAACUCGAUGAAAUGAGAGACAAGAAAACUGGCCUUGAAAGAACUAUUGAGUUGAAAUCCUCCACACAGAGCAAAAAACACACAGACCUCAAGAACGUCAAAUAUGAACUUCAGCAGUUAGAAGGUUCCUCUGACAGGCUACAGGAACUAGACGAAGAGCUUCAGAAGACUGAGCGUGAACUGGAGAACGUGGAAAAGAGCUGCAACUUGGAAGCAUUGAGAGGGGAAGUUUUGCAACUACAGAACCAAAAGUCUGAGCUAGACAGAAACGUGCGGAAGCUGGAUCAGGAGAUGGAGCAGAUGAACACACACACAAUGACAAGAACUCAAAUGGACAUGCUAAAGAAGGACAAAGCAGACAAAGAUGAACAAAUAAGAAAAAUUAAAUCAAGGCAUAAUGAUGAGUUGAGUUUAUUACUUGGGUAUUUUCCAAAUAAGAAGCAACUCGAAGACUGGCUAUAUUCAAAAAGGAAAGAUAUUAAUCAGACUCGAGACAAGCUGGCCAGACUUACUAAGGAACUAGUAGCAGCUGAGCAGAACAAAAAUCACCUGAGCAAUGAGCUUCGCCGAAAAGAAGAACAGUCUGCCUCAUUUGAAGAGAAGGUUUUUGAUGUGUGCGGCAGCCAGGACUUCGACAGUGAUCUGUCACGCCUCCAGGAUGAUAUAGAGAAAACUUCUAAGCAGAGAGCCAUGCUUGCUGGUGCAACAGCAGUUUACACACAGUUCAUUACCACACUGACGGAGGAAAACCAGCCCUGCUGCCCUGUUUGUCAGAGGAUAUUUCCCUCUGAAGCAGAGUUGCAGGAUGUCAUUAAUGACAUGCAGUCCAAGUUGCGCCUGGUUCCUGACAAGCUGAAGUCUGCCGAAGGUGAAUUAAAAAGAAAAGAAAAGAGGAAGGAUGACAUGAUGGAGCUGAAACCAAUGAGGCAAAUGCUUGCAGACCUGAAAGAAAAAGAAAUCCCAGAGAUCCGAAACAAGCUAGUGACAAUAAACAGAGAAAUACAACGACUGAAAAAUGAUGUCGACGAGCAGGAAACUCUCAUUGCCACAUUUGCAUCUGAAGAGGAGAGUGCCAAGGCCUGUUUGCAGGACAUCUCCCUCAUGGAACGGUAUCAGAUGGAACUGCGAGAUGUAGAACGGAAAAUAGCACAGUACGCCACUAAACUACAGGGGGUGGACCUUAACCGCACUGUCCAGCAGGUUAGCCAAGAAAAGCAGGAGAAGCAACACAACUUGGACAAUGUUUCUGGGAAAAUUGAGCUUUUGCGAAAACGCAUACAAGAUCAACAAGAACAAGUCCAGCAACUGAAAAGUGCAGUAAACGAGCUAACCGCAGAAAAGCUCCACAUUUCAAGUAACCUUCAGCGGCGUCAGCAGUUGGAAGAUCAAAAUGUCGAGCUGACGACUGAACUUCAGUGCUUGGCCAGAGAGAUUAAGGAAGCAAGAGAACAGCUUUUCCCACUGGAAUCCACUUUACAGAAACUUCAACAAGAAAAGCAGGAGCUUCUCCAGAGGAAAGAAUCAAGCUACAGGGAAGCACAGGAAAAAGUUAAUGACAUUAAGGAAAAAGUGAAAAAAAUCAAUUUGCUCACAAAAGAUAUUGAAAAGUAUAGUCAAGAUGGAAAGGAAGAAUUUAAGGAGCAAAAAGAAUCGGAGCUACAAGAAUUAAUUGGGCGGCUGAAUGAGUGCGAAAAACUGAAGGAAAAAGUAAACCGAGAGAUGGUCACUAUCAGACAGGAUAUCGACACACAAAAAAUACAGGAAAGGUGUCUUCAAGACAACUUAACUUUGAGAAAACGCAUAGAGGAACUUAAGCGGGUGGAGGAAGAACGACACCAGCUGUUAAAAGAAAUGGGACAAAUGAAAGUCGUGCAAAUGAAAAAUGAGUAUCAAGAGCUGGAAAAUAAAAGUGAAUCUCUGAAAACAAACCAUAGCCUGGCACUUGGACGACAGAAAGGCUUUGAGGAUGAGAUUUUACGCUUCAAGAAGGAAUUGAGGGAGUCCCAGUACAAAGAAGCUGAAGAAAAAUACAGAGAGAAAAUGAUUGUAAUGAGAACAACUGAGCUUGCCAUCAAAGAUUUGGAUAUCUAUUAUAAGACACUGGACCAAGCAAUAAUGAAGUACCAUAGCAUAAAAAUGGAGGAAAUCAACAAAAUCGUCCGUGACCUGUGGCGUAGUACGUACCGAAGCCAAGAUAUUGAGUAUAUCGAGAUUCAGUCAGAUGCAGAUGAAAGUGUUACUGCAGCAGAUAAAAGACGGACAUACAAUUAUCGUGUAGUGAUGAUUAAAGGAGACACUGCUUUGGAUAUGCGAGGACGUUGUAGUGCCGGGCAAAAGGUCCUGGCAUCCCUGAUCAUUCGCCUUGCAUUGGCAGAAACAUUCUGCUUGAAUUGUGGGAUUCUUGCUCUUGAUGAACCGACUACCAACUUGGAUCGUGAAAAUAUCGAGUCUCUGGCGCAUGCGCUAGUUGAGAUCAUUAAGAGUCGCUCCAGACAGAGGAACUUUCAGCUUAUUGUGAUCACACACGAUGAGGAUUUUGUGGAGCUUCUGGGCCGCUCGGAGUACGUGGAACAUUUUUACAGGAUUAAAAAGAACAUAGACCAGUGCUCUGAAAUCAUACGGUGCAGUGUCAACUCUCUGGCUUCUUAUGUUCAUUAGUCCAUCCCAUGCAGAGGCCUCUGAAUAAAGGAUCUGUCUGUCAUCGAUGCAAACGUACAACAACCGUGCAUUACUUUUUUUUGUCUGUACUUCUUGAGUAACUCUGCUGCAGACAUAGGGGCAUGUUUACUAACAUUGGAGAUAAAUAUCUCCAGAGAUGUUGCCCAUGACAACCAAUCAGCAAUUAAAAUUAAACACUCCCCUACAAGUUAGAAAACAAAAGCAAAGAUCUGAUUGGUUGCUAUGGGCAAGAUCUCCAGAGAUAUUUACUUCCAAUGUUAGUAAACAUGCCAAUUAAUCUGUUCAGUGAAUUUACAAUAGGUUGUUUAGAUACUUUACAGCUAUCUAAUAAAUUGUAAAAAAAAAAAAAAAAGCCCCUCCACCUCGGUUGCAGUACUAUGAAAACAUUGUAUAUAGUGAAUAACAAAAUGGCGGCCUGCAAAUGUUAGACUGCCAGUAGAAUAUUGAACUAUGGGCCCCAUGCAUACAGCUUCCAGCCGUCCAUGUGUACUUCUCACAUCACCACUUGUCUUCCAAAACUGCUAUGCUGUUUAUCUAAUGAUGCUUUGCAGUGAUUCCAUAGAAUCCUUAUGGGUUACUGUGCAUAUCUCAUGGCUAUUCAUGUGACUCCCACAAUAUUUGCUUUUGGCAGUACUGGUGUUUUACCAGUAGGGUGAAACCUACUUGUGUGCCUUAGUAUAUCCACCAUAUUCAUAGACUUCAGCUCCCAGUGCUUCCUCCCUUUAUAAUGAUAUCCCAAACAUAGGCUUGGGAUAGCUAAAUAUAGGGUUUUUUCUGCACAUUAAAUACUUAGGGAUGUGCAGAAAUACAGGUGACGCCAAAAUUGCAUGUAACCUAAUGUUUAUUGUUCUCUCUACAAAUAUAAGCUGUCUGUUUGCAAUUUGUCGAAGAAAAAAUUCUGAUCCAAAGAGGUCCAAUAAUCUCUCUGCAUUGCAGUACAAGUCAUUCUGCGGUACUAGAAGUGCUACAGUUACAGUGCUACGCGAUAUGUUGGCGCUAUAUAAAUACAUGUUAAUAAAAUAGAAGUGGUUGUGCCAUAUUUUUGAUCCAGAGCAGACUUGUCACACUGGAGUUAUAAAGGCUGUUGGUUGUUGUAGUAUACCUGUGUACUUGUUUAUACACUCCUGUGCUUAUCUCUGCCAGGGCUCUUAAGGUGGCCAUAGACGCACCAAUACUAUUGUACGAAACUAAUUUUCGCAUGAUAUGCGGUGCAUGUAUGGUGGGAGACGAGCCGACCUAUAUCGACAGAAUUGGGCUGGCCGGAAGAUUUUGAUUGCGCGUCUUUGAAGGCUCUAGAACAUCGGCCAUUGUUAGUGCUGAAUCAUCAGAUACAGGUAGAAUUCUAUUGUUUCUGCCUGUAUAUCUGACUAUUCAGCUCUACACGUGUGUGUGUAUUGAAACAAACAAUCUUUCCUGCGACCAAUGGUCGCAAGAACGAUCGUAAUUGUUACUAGGCCGAAUCCUUGUGCCUGGCCAAACCGAUUCUGAAUCCUUAUUUACGUAUGUAAAUUAGGGGCGGGUAGGGAAAUCACGUGACUUUUCAUCACAAAAGAAGAUUUUAUACCACUUUUUUCCUUUCCUGCUCCUAAUUUGCAUAUACAAAUUCGGGUUCGGUAUUCGGCCAAAUCUUUCGACCAAUCCCCAAAUAGUGGAUUCGCUGCAUCUCUAAUCUGUGGCCACCUUUAGUCUUGCACAAAUUUCGAGGACAAGGGACGUACAUCACAGGCGAUAUUUGUAUGCAGGAAAAGACAAAAUGAUGUUGUAAGGUUUCUGGUACAUGUAAAUGUUAUAAUCCUUGGUAAUAAAUAAUGAUUGAUCAUAA